UCAACCCUCAGUGAUUGAAACAUUGACGUGUUCAAAAAUCACUGGGGGUCGUUCAGGGGUCGCAGUCGCAACUCGCAGGUAAUGUUUUCUCGGCUACGCAACGGGGCAUCUGCCUAGCUGGGGCUGCAACUUGGGCCAACCCUAACCUAAUUCGAGCAAGUCUGGUUGGGUUGGUCAGGUUGAGGGGCGCAUCUAAGAAUCUGAGAGUGAGGUCCACCAUCCGUGAUGCAGCGUCCAUCCUUCACAGAGAAGCCGUGCACUAAAUUAAUAACCUCGUAGGAAAAUGAAGUCAGAUUAUCCAGUCAAGCCCAACACUCCACCUCUACGAUGGCUGCUCGAAGUUUUCAAAAUCAGCUUUUACAAGGCAGAAACACAUUAAGAGAAAAUUCAGGAAACAUGGGGGCUGCUUGCUCUUCUUCUCUGUCCCUCUCACUCCCUCCCACUGAUACUCUCUUGCCUUACAAACCAAAACCACACUUCCCCUUCAAUUCUAUCAUUAAUAUCUUUCAGACCCAGCUGCAGAAACCCAGAAAAACAAUGAUUCAGUCAUCGCAUUCUUCCCUAUCUUCUUCGUCUUCUUUUCAUCUGAAAUGUGAAACUUUUGAAGAGAAAGAAACCCAAGAUGAAGCUACUAGUAUGAGACCCAUGGCUUGCCUUCAUAAUAUCAACCCAAAAUUGCUUCAGCAAUUAGUUUAUGACGCUCUGGUGUGGAGUUCUCUCCAUGGACUUGUUGUUGGAGACAGGAGCGUUCAGAAGAGGUCAGGAACAGUUCCGGGUGUAGGUAUGGUACAUGCUCCAUUUGCUUUAUUGCCCAUGUCGUUCCCUCGGAGUCAUUGGCAACAAGCAUGUGAGUUAGCUCCCCUCUUCAAUGAGCUGGUAGAUCGUGUGAGCUUAGAUGGGAAAUUCUUACAGGACUCACUGUCCAGAACUAAGAAAGUGGAUGCCUUCACUCAUAGACUUUUGGAUAUUCAUUCAAAAAUGUUAGGAAUCAAUAAAAAAGAGGAAAUACGCUUGGGCUUACAUCGAUCAGAUUAUAUGCUUGAUGCUCAAACUAAACUACUAUUGCAAAUAGAGCUCAACACUAUUUCAUCUUCAUUCCCUGGUCUUAGCUGUCUUGUGAGCGAGCUUCACCGGUACUUACUUGAUCACAAUGGUAAGCACCUAGGUUUUGAUCCCAAAAGGGUCCCUGGAAAUGAUGCUGUGAGUCAGUACGCUGAGGCAUUGGCUAAAGCUUGGAAUGAGUAUAAUAAUUCAAGGGCUUUUGUAAUGAUUGUGGUCCAAGCUGAAGAACUUAACAUGUAUGACCAACAUUGGCUUUGUACCACAUUGAAGGAGAGAUAUGAUGUAACAACCAUUCGCAGAACAUUGGCAGAAAUUGAUGCAGAAGGGGAGCUUUUGCCAGAUGGAACACUUCUUGUAGGUGGCCAAGAAAUUGCAGUCAUCUAUUUCAGAGCUGGGUACACACCAAAUGACUAUCCUUCAGAAUCAGAAUGGAGAGCUAGGCUACUAGUGGAGCAAUCCUCUGCUAUCAAAUGCCCUUCUAUUUCCUACCAUUUGACUGGAACUAAGAAGAUCCAACAAGAGCUGGCAAAACCCAAUGUACUUGAAAGGUUCCUUGAGAACAAGGAUGACAUUUCCAAACUACGUAAAUGCUUUGCUGGGUUGUGGAGUUUGGAUGACUCUAGUGUUGUGAAGAAUGCCAUUGAGAGCCCUGAAUUAUUUGUUCUCAAACCCCAACGAGAAGGAGGAGGGAAUAAUAUCUAUGGUGACAAUGUGAGGGAAAUCCUAUUGAAACUGGAGCAGGAAGGAAGGGAAGAACUAGCAGCUUACAUUCUUAUGCAAAGGAUUUUUCCCACUGCUUCUUCUGCAUUUCUGGUCCGAGAUGGCAUUUAUCAUCAAGAAAAUGCCAUAUCAGAACUUGGGAUAUAUAGUGCUUAUCUAAGGAACAAAGAGAAGGUUAUAAUGAAUGAUCAAUGUGGUUACCUGGUGCGUACAAAGGUGUCAUCAUCAAAUGAAGGUGGAAUUGCUGCUGGUUAUGCAGUCCUGGAUAGUAUAUAUUUGAAUUGAUUGAACUGACGUAAGAGAGGGUUCUGCCCCAAGCACAUGCAUCACCCAGUCAGCUGAAGGCCCAGAUUUCUGGGUUGAUGGUCCUACUACGCCUCAGGUAUCAGCAUUUGUAUUAAUAAAGAGAAAAUUUCUUCAUAUAGCCAUUGGUUGUGCAUGUAAAAGGCGAUUUUACACUCUUGUAUUGCCUAUAAUUUAACACUGGCAUUUAAAAGAAUAAGAAAGGAUGUCUAGAAUAAUUGAUUGGGAAAUUCCUCCUYACCAGAAAAAAAAGUUUUAUCA